GGGAGGUGGACCCAACUGGAUCUGACCCAGGGGUCCCUACUCUCAACCAACAGAUGGGACUACCCUAGAGUGCUCCCUGAAAGUUGCCCCACCUUGAAGGGUAGGGUAAGGGUAGGAGUUUUGUCCCAGGUGGGCCACAUCUGUUACACCCCUGUGGCCUAUGCCAUCACAAUCGGUCCGAACUAUAUAACCAGGGGCUGCCGGGGCCUCUGUAAAGCUGGGUGUGCUGGAAGAGGAGGAGGAGGAGGAGGCCUCUGCCUCUGCAAGCGUGUCCUCCCAUGGACACCAAGACGCAGAGCCUUUCCAACACCCACACCCAGCCCCGCAGCAACUCUCGGCCCCAAAGCCACACCUGCAACCAGUGCAGCUGCAGCCACCACUGCCAGAACUGCAGCCAGAGCUGCAGCCGGAGCCAGAGUUGCAGCCGGAGCCGGACCUCCAGCCGGAGCCGGACCUCCAGCCAGAGCCCGACAGGCCACCGCAGCCUACCUGGCUACCAGAGCCAGAGUCCAAGCCCCAGCCCACCAGUGAGGCAUUACAAACACACCAUGCACUCCCACCACUGCCCCAUGCGGCUCACCACCCAUUCCUGCAGCCACUCCAAGAACAGAAAGAACUUGGAAGGAAAGGUAAACAAGAGGAAACUGGUCAAGAGGAGCCAGCAGGUGUGCAAAGCGAAGAGGCGGAGCUCAGGACGAAAACACAACUGAGAUGGCACCCCAUUGCUCGUUCCUGUGUCAGUUUCACCCAGAUGAGAAACACCAUCGGUGAACAUGGAAUACUAGAAGGAAAAGUCAAACCUUUUGCAGGAACAUGUUACUACAGUGAUUUCUAUGCAACCUUGAUUAAAGCUUGUACACUGGAUGACUUAUUCUUGAGUCGGCAUUUUGAUUCCACUAAAGGUGUCGUGUGUUUUGGGGCCUGGUGUGGAGGCACAAAGCAGGGAAGAGGUUGAGUAGGGAGGAAGGACACACCUUGUGAUGGGACCUCAUGAAAGUGUAAAGAGACAGUCCUGGCACAGGGCCAGAAAUGGUGGGAGCUGGAGCCACAAAGAAGCCU